UCACGUUCACCCUUAUGCAUUCCAUACCAUUUUGUUCUCUAGCUUGCUUUUGAUUUUACUGUAACUUUUGCCCUUUCAACUGAAACAUGGCAGGAGUGAAGAAUACUGCUUCUUCUGUUAAAAAGAAAUCUAGCACUGUCGUACAAAGUGAAGAUGAAAAUUCACUUGCACUAGUCCAAGCAGUCCAACAAGACCAAGAUGCACCCAUCACUUCAUCCUACAAUGAUCGUAUUCGUCCACUCCUUGAUGCAGUUGACAAGCUCCGUCACCUUAUGAUCACAAGAGAAGGCAUACAGCUCCCCACCAUUGUGGUUGUUGGCGACCAAUCAUCGGGAAAAUCUAGCCAAGAUGAAGGUAUUGGACUGCCGAAUUUUCUUCCCCGCACUGCCUUCCUCACUAUCCUACAGAAAAAGGUGAAAGGCAAAUCGAGUAUACCGAUUAGUUUUGCUGAGAAGGUCUGGAACUAUGUUGAGGAAGUUGUCAUUUCUGUCAUAAUGCAACACUCUGAAAACUAUUACCAACUGCAGUUAUCUUUUAGGCGUGCUGGGCAUAAUCUUAUAGCCAAGAUGAAAGAGCGCUCAGUCAACUGGGUCAUGGAGAUCGUUGAAAUGGAAAAGCUGACAGAUUAUACAUGUAUAAUCCAGAGUACUUGUCUGAUUGGAAUACUCUAAUGUCUCAACAAGAUGCAUUCAUGAAGGAUGUCUUGACCAAUGAAGAAAGGCCUGCAAAGAUAAAGCUUAAUAGUUUUGGUGAAAUUGAAGUUGGGAAACUUAGGGACUAUCCACAUGUUCUGCAACAGGCUUUUGAUAUGAAGAUGAGAAUGAUUGCAUACUGGAAAAUUGUGUUAAAAAGAUUGGUUGACUGCAGGGCUCUACAUUUACUUCUCAGUGUUGGAAAUUUGGUUAACAGAGAGUUUGAAAUUGAGAUUGUGAAUGAAUUGAUGGGACCUGGUGGGGGAAUUGAAAUGAUGCUGGAGGAAUCACCUGCAGUUGCGCAAAGCGACUGAAAAUAAACAAGAGUAUACAGCUGCUUAAGAAGUCCAAAGAAGUAGUUGCCAAGAUCAUGGACAAGGUUGGC